GUUUAUUUUCCAUAAAUAAGACGCCAUGAAAAUGCUCUUCCGGUGAAAAUAAAAGUUUUGAAUUAACCAGAUAUUAUCAAAAUAUUUGCAGCAAAAUGGCAAGUGAUGACAAGGGUCCUGGUUUGAAAGCCUUCAUGAUGCCAGUGCGUAUCUCCCAGGCUGGAGCCCAGUCCAGCUCACAGGCAAAGAUAGCGGUCAGUCCGGGAGGCACUCAACACAUUAUGACCACACAGGGUCUUAAUGUGCCAGGAGGGGGACAGAGCAACACCAUCAUCAUCAUUCCUGCAAGUGACCAGUCACAGGGUGGUGAGCAUGUAGUUCAGCUGAUGGCUCCAGACAGUGUUGGUGAACAUGUACAGGUGGCCACCACACCUACAGCGACUGCUGAGGUACAGACCCUAUACACUACACAACAUUCUCCUGUCAAACGAGUCGUGGCCAUGACCCCGGAGUCCCGAGCUGCUGCCUUGGACAAGAUUCGACAAGCAAAUAGGGAGAGGCUUCAACAAGGAGAUGCGAAGCCCCCGUCAACUGGGAGGGGGUCAACGCCAACUCACUACGUGAAGGCAGCAAAACCGGGCGGUGGGACACAGAGGGUGAUUUAUCGAAUUGGGGAAGGUGAGGCUGCGUCGGCUCCAAGCAUUGAUCCAUCUCUGCUGAUAACAGAAGAUUCAAGGAAACAGUCUAAGGACCAGAGGACUCUCACGCUCCCUCCUAUAGGCAUGGCUCAGUGUGAAACACAGAACAUUUGUAUAGAGAUUGAGGUGGACAAUGAGUUAAAUGUUGGCGAGUUGGAAAGCUGUAGAUUGAAGAAUGGGAAAACGAAAUUCUUCUUUAAAAUCUCUAAACAACAGAUUCAUUUGAAAGCAACUGAGCAUUUUACAAGACAGAAGCAGAAGAUAACGGUCACGCCAGUUCCAAAGAGAAAGCUCCCUUCAGAAGAUUUUGAUAUGUAUGACGAUUUGGAUGAUUAUGAUGAUGAUGAGGAAAUUGAAGAAAAGGAAGCGAAAAAGCCAGCUGCAAAGAAAAUGAAGCUUCCCAUUAAAGUCAUAAAGGCUGAGAAAGGUGUCUUUGAAGAGUCUGGUGGUGCUGACAAUGACGGGGGUGAUUCAGUGAAAGAUAAAAAGGUUGUCAUUGAGCCAUUGCCUUAUGAGAUCAAAGAUGAUGGUACAUAUGAAGCGGAGGAGGAUGAAGCAUUUGAUGAUGAGGCUGGAGAUGACGAUGAUGACUUUGAAGAAGAGGUCGCUGAAGCAGAAUCCAAAACGUCUAAACCUGUAACAAGAAAAGGAAAGAAAAUGGCGGAUUCCACUCAACAAACUGGAAUAGUAACUAAAAGGGCAGCCCCAAAGAAGACACCCGCUAAACGGAAAGGGCGUAAAGCGCUUGUGGACGAAGAUGGUAACCCAGAAGUAAGGUCUCUUACAAAGGCAGUUCCAAAGAGCCUUGCAGAGGAGGAUGAGGGGGAGGAUGGUACACCGAAGCGAACAUACUUCCGGACGAACGCAUAUGCUAAGAAUGACAAGUUCCUGGUCCUGCGGGAAGGAGGCAAGAGAGUGUUCGAGUGUAAAGAAUGUGGCUUCAAGACCAAGUAUAACCAGAGUAUUGUGGACCAUACACGCAUUCACACAGACGAGAAACCAUUUGAAUGCGGAGUAUGCUUCAAACGCUUCAACAACCACUCAAAUCUGAAUGCUCAUCUCUCCAUCCAUUACGAGGCGCGCCCGUUCGAAUGUGAUAUCUGCGACUACAAGUGUAAGCUGAAGUCAACGCUAAACACACAUCGCAAGCGACACUACCAGCCAGAUAAAGUGUUUGUUUGCGAACUGUGCGGAAAGGAGAGCACGCAAAAGACCGUGCAUGAGCGUCACAUGCAGAUUCACUCCGAUGAGCGUAAUUACCAGUGUGGGGAAUGCGGAAAACGAUUUAAGGAUAAGUACCAGGUGAAUCGCCACAUGUAUAUUCACACUGGAGGAGGGAAGAACGAGUGCUACAUCUGCGGAGAGAAAUUUGCGCGAGUCGACUACUGGCGUAAACAUUUGGCCAGUAAACAUGGAGAGGAAGUUGAACAAAUUAAAAAGAGGCUUGUGCGUGUCGAUGAGGUCAUUAAGGAAGAACAAAGUGGGGAAAGUGAAGAAGACGAGGAAGAGAUGGAAGAAGAGGAGGAAGGAGAAUAUCAAGAAAUGCGUGAAGUACAGACAGCAGAUGGCCAAACAAACUAUGUCAUUUCCAAUGUGGAGGGAGGAGGUCAGGAGAUCCGGUACUUACAGGAGGAAGAUGAACAGGACGGGCAGAUUCAGGUUCAUAUUGUAACUGUCGAUUCGGAAAAUCCGGAAGGGCAGGAGAUUGGCUCCGAUGUAGAGUAUGAGUUUGAAAUCUCAGAGCAGCCUGAAGGGGAAGGGGAGACUGGACAACAGCAAGUGACUACUGUACCGGAGCCGGAGGGUAUUGACAAUGAGUAACUAACUGGAAGAAGUGUAAAGCAUAUUGAUGUUCUUCAGACUCCAAAUUGAAGAUUCAAAACUUUUUUAUUGUUCAAAGUGUUUUGAGAAAUGAAGACAUAAUAAUGUAGCUUUGAAUGGCUGCUGAUAAGAAAUUGAACUGUUUGUGAAGAAGAAUUGUUUUUGUUUGUGUGAAUUAUACUUGUUGUAUUGUAUGCCAUAAUGUGGAAUAUGGCUGUAAAUAGACAUUUUGAAAUUAACUUUUAUUAUUAAGCAUUAACUUAAUGGUAAUUAGAGUUACAGUUACACUGGAAUUCAAGAAAGUUCUUUAAAAACCUGAUGCUGUGAAACAUGACAAUGAGCAUUGAAGUUGGUGAUUUUAAAGAGCAAAAAAUCAUGAAGCGUAAUAAUUAUGAUCUUCGAAUUAUGGAAAUUUAACAAACAGUAAAUAAGUUAUACCAUUUUUUCGAUUUUUUUUUUUAGCAAAAUGUAUCUUGCUCAAUAUCUUUCUACUCUUGUACACUGUCUCUAUUAUUGACCAUCUUUAACUGAAUAACUCGUGGUACUAUGUGUAGUAAAAAGAAAUUUCAUUUUUGUGUAAAGUAAAUUACCAUGGUUUGAAUGAACUUACAGAUGUCUUGCACUUGGAAUGUUUGAAACAAACUUGGGCACUGCAUUUAUACCAGAUAUUAACAAUCAAUUAUGUAAGAACAUGUUUGUCAUUUUUAACUCAUUGAUAUUACAUGAAUCUAUAUUUAUCAUAUUUUUUCCUUGUUAUAAUAGACAUGAAAUGAUGUAUUUUUAAUUGAUUGAAAACUAUUGUUGGUCUAAUUGAAAAAGUUGUGCUAAUGAAUUGUGAAUGAGGUGCAUCAAAUAUUUGGUGUCAGCAUGGAUGCAUGCAUUUGCAUCAUGAAAAAAAUGGUCUAAUUUAUUGUGAAUAUCAUGUUUAAGUUAUGGGUUGUAUUUGGACUUGAUGUUUGUUAACUUGAUCUGAGAGUGUCUCACUAUUAAAACAUUGUUUAUUUUUUCAAUUUCUGCAUUUUAUCUUAUAUCUUGACAUUAAAUAUCAGUGCUUUUUUCACCAUUUUGGGAAUGAGGCCGGGGGAUUUCUGACGGGAGAAUAAUGUGUCGUUGAAUUCCAAUUUUGCCUAAAAUACCUAUAAAAUUGACAGAAAGACAAAAAAAUGUGUUGAUGUUUGUUUUGUUAAGAAUACACCAUUGCUUCUAUAUAAAAUAAUAAAGGGGUCCCAAAUUUAGAUUUUUUGAAAAUUAAGAUUUGGAAUUCUUGUUGACAUUUUGGAAAAAAAUAUAUGUAUGCAGAAUUUUGGCUCCAAAUUGGUCAUGAAAACACAAUGAGUUUUGUAGUUGUCAUGUAGUUGUAAAUGUUCUUCGUAGUUUUCUCAAUAAAUAAAGAUACAUAA